AUGGUUGCGCAGCGCGCGCGGACCGACUUAGCCGGUGCAUUGUUGGUCUCUAUACAUAAACUUGCACAGACACCAAAAUCUAGAGCCUUUUGUACAACACAGAAUUCAUCACGGGCAACUGAUGGUGCACAGUCGACAAGUAUUGUGCAUCGCCUUCAAUCUCAUUCAAUCCACCGUCGUACGGUAGUCACGCCAUCGGCCUUCGGCACUCAGAACACGCGCUCAUCUCGCAUACUGCAGUAUAGCCGGGGUCUUCACAACUCCCCUGCAAAGCGUGAAGUUGCCGCUCCACCACAAACCACGCAGGAAGUCCCUUAUCGAGCCAGUCUCCGGAAAUCCAGCGAUCCCGCUGAUGAGGAUGUAGAGGAGGAUGAGUCCCAGGUAUUCAAAAAGUCGGAAAGAGCAGAGCGGGCGUCUCAGAUCAAUCUGAGUGCAAAGUUGUCAAGUCCUGACAAAGAUGGAAAGGACAAGAACAGCGGGGGCUGGCGCGAGAUUGCGCGAUUACUAAAGAUUGCGGCUCCUGAGAUCCGAACAUUGGGUCUAGCAUUCGUCUUCUUGCUCGUUGGCAGCAGUAUCUCAAUGACUGUGCCUUUUAGCAUCGGAAAGAUCCUAGACGCCGCGACAAAAGAAGAUGGAACUCUCCUGGGCCUGCAGACUGAGCAAUUUUUCAUCGCUCUGAGCGCUCUCCUUGCGAUUGGUGCUUCUGCCAACUAUGGUCGCAUCAUUCUGCUCAGGAUAGUAGGUGAACGGAUCGUCACUAAACUCAGAAGUCAACUGUUCCGCCGGACUUUCGUUCAAAAUGCUGAGUUCUUUGACGCAAACCGAGUCGGUGAUCUUAUCAGCAGACUGGGUAGCGACACAAUCAUUGUCGGCAAGAGUAUCACCCAGAACGUCUCGGAUGGUCUUCGAUCCUUGGUCUCAGCAGUCGCUGGAUUUACGCUCAUGACCUACGUCAGCGUCAAGCUGACCAGUAUCCUUCUCAUUGCUUUCCCGCCUGUCGCUCUCGGAGCUUUCCUCUACGGUCGCGCCAUUAGAAACCUUAGCAGAAAAAUCCAGAAGAAUCUUGGUACUCUCACCAAAAUUGCGGAAGAACGGCUGGGCAAUGUCAGGACGAGUCAGGCCUUUGCUGGUGAGCUGCAAGAAGUCCACCGAUACAACAAUCAGACCCGAAAGAUCUUCGGACUUGGCAAGACGGAAGCUUUCAUUUCAGCCUCCUUCUUCUCAGCGACUGGAUUUAUGGGUAACAUGACAUUCCUUGCUGUCCUGUAUGUUGGUGGCGGUAUGGUACGAUCUGGCGCCAUCAGUGUCGGUGAUCUUACGACCUUCCUCAUGUACACGGGGUAUGCCGGCAGUAGUCUGUUUGGUCUAUCCAGCUUCUAUUCCGAGCUCAUGAAGGGUGUGGGUGCUGCCAGCAGACUCUUUGAACUUCAAGACCGAAACCCGACAAUCAGCCCGACCAAGGGUGAUCCAGUGCCGAGCGCGCGCGGCCCGAUCGAGUUCAAGAACGUGGCUUUUUCGUACCCAACGCGUCCUGCAGUACAAAUUUUCUCGAACCUCAACUUCACGAUCCCCCAAGGCAGCAACGUGGCGAUUGUGGCUCCCUCCGGAGCUGGCAAAUCCACUGUGGCUAGCUUGUUGUUGCGUUUCUACGACCCGACUUCUGGCACAAUCACGAUUGGUGGCAAGAAUAUCAGCGAGAUGAACGCGAAGCAAUUGCGAAGAAAGAUUGGAUAUGUCGGACAAGAACCCGUGCUGUUCUCCGGUACCAUUGCCGAAAACAUCGCUUAUGGUCGACCCAUGGCUUCCCGAAGCCAGAUUGUCGCAGCUGCUCGACAGGCCAACUGUCAAUUCAUUAGUGACUUCCCUGAUGGUCUAGAGACUUUCGUCGGUGCUCGUGGCGCACAAUUAUCUGGUGGACAGAAGCAAAGAAUCGCCAUUGCACGCGCGCUUCUCAAGAACCCCGAUAUUCUCAUCUUGGAUGAAGCUACUUCGGCGCUUGAUGCGGAAUCUGAGACACUCGUCAACCAGGCUCUCCAGAACCUGCUUGAAGGCAGCAACACGACCAUCUCCAUUGCUCACCGUCUAAGCACAAUUCAACGCAGCGACACCAUCGUAUGCCUCGGUGCCGAUGGCCAGGUGGCUCAAGUCGGACCUUACUCCGAACUUUCCAAGGAUAAGAACGGCGCAUUUGCGACCUUGAUGGAGUUUCAAAUCAGCAGCGGACAACUACCCGUUAAGAAGCAGUCGACUGAAGAAGUCAGUGAGGAAUUGACGGAAGAGGAGCGGCGAUUACAAAAGCUCGGAGAGUCGUCGCCAGCAGAUGGCGAGUCGGCCGUAGAGCAAGAGGCCGUCGAUGUGCCAGCCAAGGAGGACAAAUGA